AUGACUCCAGCAGGACGCCCGGAGUCGAGGUCGGACGAGGGCUUCGGGCCAGUAGCACGCACACUAGACACAACACACACGGACAGCCACAGCCAGCGCGCGCCGCUCGUUCGGGGCGCCUCGCUGGUGUACGGGUGUGGGUUAUUUCAGGAAGCACGAGAUGGGCACACACUGCGAGGCCGCGCGGCCGUGCAGACGUGCUUGGCCGCGCGGCGAGCAAAGACCGCACACCACGCUCGGGCUGUGCGCAUUUUAUGUAAGGACGCCAUUUCCGUAAAAACUCCACCCUCUGCAACUGAGAUUUGA